AUGCUUUGGUGUUUAAUAUACGAACCGAAUGGUAUUAUCCAUGAAAUGCACUUAAAUAAGAACGCUAAAGGCCACGAAUGUUUCGACAAAGUAUGUAUUUUGCGAUUUUGCUUCGGCCAGGGAAAACCCAACUCAAAAUGUGGACGAUUUCAUUUUCACCUGUCUUGUCAAAAAAAAUUUCUAACGGUAUAUGUUCCUUCAUUUUUAUAGAUUUGUGAAAGGCUAAAGCUCUACGAACGGGAUUAUUUCGGUUUGCGAUACAAGGGGCCAAAAGGGACGGAGGUUUGGUUAAAUUUGCGAAACAGUUUGUCCGCACAAGUGCACGGGAAACCGCCGUACCGCUUUUGGUUUCUUGUCAAAUAUUUCGUAAAACCUCAAGAAAUACAGCAAGAAAUAAGUCGGUAAGUCAGCCACAUAAAGACCCUAACUCUUUGUAGUAUUUUGGUUAGUUUUUGUGCCUAUCGAAUGAGUGGAUUUAUUGUAUUAAUAACUUUAAUGUGAGGUUUCAAUGAUGAACAAUAUAUUUUUUGAAAGACCGUAUUUGAACUACCUGAAAAUAUGUUAUCAAGAAUUUGGAGGUCCUUCCGUAUGGCUGCUAUUUUCCCUUCUCCCGAAGCUUCUUUUUGUAUAAUAUAUUGUACUUUCUUUUCCAGGCAUCAAUGUUUUUUGACGCUGAAACUGUAUUUACGUAGAGGACGUUUUGACUUGAGUUCGCUUCCGACAAGAACGAUAGCGGAAAUUUGCGCUACACUGGCGCAAGCGGAGACUGGCGACUUUAAUCCCGAUAACAUCCCUGAUUAUUCCACAUAUUUACCCUUGUAUAUAUGGUCUACGCUCGCAAAAUCGUGCGAUUUGAAGAAGGAGGUUUCAAGCGAACACAAUAAGCUAGCUGGGCAGUCUGCGCAGAUUGCCGAAGUGAAUUUACUUCAUCUAUUGUCUGUCAUACACGGUUAUGGCGUGGAGACAUUCAAAGGUCGAUAUACAGCUGAUAAUUAUGGGAGAAAAUUAAAGAUUUUGGUGGACGCAGACGGCCUUAAAGUCUACAGCAUUAUCAGAGAAUAUGACGCGAAAUUAGGCAAAGAAGUGGUUAGAAGCGUUUUGGACAGAAG